AGGAGAGUUUCUGGGGUUUGCAGAUGCUCUCCCGCCCUGACAUUGUAGACUUCUUUGCAGUAGCAGUUCAUCCAUCGUGAGCUCCCUCAAACCACCAGGGAGGUGGGGGAGAAAGAAGGUUCUGAGGGGAGGGAACCUAGAAGGCUGCUUGACUUGAAAGAUGUCACUAGACUGGAUGCUGGAGUGAGAUACAAGUGACACUCGAAGUCAGCCCUACUUGGUGGCUGCAGCUCCUGCAAGGAGUGACCAAAAGCAGGCGAACAGGACGCGUGUUCUGUGUGUGCCCUUGGACGCCACAGCUGCUGACGGCCCCCUCCCACGGGAGGUGGGCUAGUGGGCCUGGUCUCACCCUUGGGGGGUGGGGUGGGUAAGAAUUUCCUUCUCUAAUUAACAGCUCAGAAAAGCUAAGUCAAUAGCCCAUUGUUUGCUGUGACUAAUCAGAAAAGGGUUCCUAAGAAGGUUGCCAAGCGGCUACUCCCCACUUUUUGUUUACUCCUAACAUCCCCCUCCUUCCCACAGCCAUCUGCUGCCCCUCCUGGGGCUGGAUCAGGGGGGCGGCGGCUUGGGUGGGGCAGAGGCCGAGAGCCCCGGAACCCAAAGAAUGCCUCAAAAUGGCACCGUGUAUAGGAAGGAGUGGAAAUAAAGAGCGUGUAGUGGCAUUUUCUUCUGCAAGAGUUGUGAGGAAGAUGGACCCGUGGACACAAGCCACUCACUCUGAGCCAGAGGCCUGGGGUGGGGGGCUUCAGGGCGGCCCACAUGGUGGAACAGGCAGGGGAAGGGGGCGGAGAGACGCCUGGGGUGGAGGGGUCGGAGAUGAGGCUGCAUGGGUGCAGAGGAGCGGCCAGCCACUGGUGCCCAGAGCCCGCCUGCUACGCAGGGACUAGAGGGGUCUGUGGGUUUAGGACCCGAGGCAGAGCCAGCAGUAGGAUGGCCACGAGAAACCAGAUCUCAGCUCAGUUUAUGCCAUCCGUUGGAAUCCUCCCAUCACCCUGGGCCCUCAGCAUUUUGGCGGCUGUAGUGAUGAGGAAAUUGAGGCAGAGUGAGAGUAAGUAGGGGGCGGGGGUCAGCUCUGCCCAGGGGGGCUCCAUGCCCCCUGCGGCCUCUGCCUCCCGACUCAGGUCUCCUCUGCACCUGGGGGACAGCCUUGGGUACAUUUAUCCUCUUGAAGCUAUUUUUAAGUUUCAGAUAAAUGUUAAUAGACACUUAAGAGGAAAAGUCCAGAAUCACGGUCACAGGGCAUGGAACAAAUGGUUGCACCAUGUCCUCGUCUGUCACAGGUAGGUGUGCAUGCGUGAAGGGAAGGGGCACUAAACCGUUACGUACACAAAUGUCUAAAAUCAAAAGGAAUUACGUACACAGAAGUUUGAAAAUCCAACUCAGUGACAGCAGUUCAAGGUUCCAGGAUCCAGGUAAGACCGGGCCACUGUCACUGUCUUCAGUUUUGUCCUAUCACCCAUCAUUGCCCCAAGGUCAACUUUGAGAAAUUGCCAGGUAAAGGCACAAAAAUCACUGUGAGCAAGAAACCUGCUGUGGGGACUCCUUCCUCCAGACUCCACUCGAGAGAACACCUUGAGUUCCCGCAUCUGAUUAAAAGAGGAGCUAAGUUCUCUAAAUCAAGUGCUGCUCGUAGAAGAUGCUACCUGACUCAAUUUGGCUGUAAUUCUUGAAGUUCUUCCAAGACAUCGUGGGCCUUCCUCUGUUCCCUCCCCUUCCUGCUAUUUUUCAGGCAUAUCCACCAGAGAAUUGCAUGGAAGGAAGGCGUGAUUUUAUUUAGUUUGCCCUUGAUUCAUGGUUUGCACAGCACCUGGGUACGGCCUGCAGCCCUGCGGUUCAGUAAGUGCACUGGGAAAGGAUUUCUUUACAUUCAAUCUAAGUUCAGAGUCUGUCAUCUGAGCCAUGAAGAUCUGCUGGCUUCUGCUUGCUGCUGGCAUCUGCACUGGGAACAUAAACGCACAGGACACAUGCAGGCAAGGGCACCCUGGCGUCCCUGGGAAUCCUGGUCACAAUGGUCUGCCUGGAAGAGAUGGACGAGAAGGAGCAAAGGGUGACAAAGGGGAUGCAGGAGAGCCAGGACAUCCCGGCAGCCCAGGGAAGGACGGAGCGAGUGGAGACAAAGGAGAACGAGGAGCAGAUGGAAACGUUGAAGCAAAAGGCAUCAAAGGGGAUCAAGGCUCCAGGGGACCCCCAGGAAAACACGGGCCAAAGGGCUUGCUUGGUCCCAUGGGAGAGAAGGGCCUCCAAGGAGAGACCGGCCCUCCGGGGCAGAAGGGGGAGAAAGGGGACGUGGGCCCCCCUGGCAGAGAGGGCCAAAGGGGCCACACUGGGCCUUUGGGCCCAACUGGCUUACCUGGCCCCGUGGGCCCCAUUGGAAAGCCCGGCCCCAAGGGAGAAGCUGGCCCCGUGGGGCCCCAGGGCGAGCCGGGAGUCCGGGGAAUACGAGGCUGGAAAGGGGAUCGAGGAGAAAAAGGGAAAAUUGGUGAGACUCCAGCCUUGCCCAAAAGUGCUUUCACGGUGGGGCUCACAGUGCUAAGCAAGUUCCCGUCUUCCGAUGUACCCAUCAAGUUCGACAAGAUCCUCUAUAACGAAUUCAACCAUUACGACGUAGCGACGGGGAAAUUCACGUGCCAUGUCGCCGGGGUCUACUACUUCACCUACCACAUCACUGUCUUCUCCAGGAACGUCCAGGUAUCUCUGGUCAAAAAUGGGGCGAAAGUACUGCACACCAAGGAUGGUUACAUGAGCUCGGAGGACCAGGCCUCUGGUGGCAUCGUCCUGCAGCUGAAGCUCGGGGACGAGGUGUGGAUGCAGGUGACAGGAGGAGAGAGGUUCAACGGCCUGUUUGCCGAUGAGGAUGACGACACCACCUUCACAGGCUUCCUUCUGUUCAGCAGCUAACGACGCAGAGUGGGCUUGCUGAGGACAUUACCAGAGGAGUUUACUAUACUAAUUCCUGCAAUUGUUGCAAUAACCGUAAAAAGGUAAAAAUAGGAAAGUUAUUCCUGAAACUGAUUCCCAUGUAACUUGCUAUCUUUUUAACAGUGAAUUUUAAAAUACCUGCA